AUGCUAAAAAAUCAAGUUUCUUUCUGUGACUCCGCCUUCUUCAAAACCAUUUGGGUCGCCAAUUUCAUUGGAUUUUUACAAAUUCCCACUGAUUGGUAUCGCCAUGUACAAAAAGUGUUUAAGAUGGGUGUCAAGGUAUGGAAUGAUUUCACAUGUAUCGACUUUGCAGAGGACAAAAAUGCCUUGGACGAGUCGGUGGAGAUCAGCUUCUUUCCCUCACUAGCCACUCCACGCUUGCAAUAUCCGCCGCUAAUUGAGAUGUUUCAGAAAGGGUCAGCUAUUCACGAGAUUGGCCAUGUUCUUGGACUUUACCACACAAUGUCACGACAUGAUCGCGACAACUACAUAAAAAUCCCACGUUCUAUCGACGAGUUCAAAAAAGUUUACAAGAACGACUCCGAUUUCUAUGGACUCACGUAUGAUUAUGGCAGCGUCAUGCACUAUGAUGAACUAAGCGGCUCUACCAACCAACAGCCGACCAUGAUUGCAACUGAUGCGAAUUACCAGAAAGCCAUGGGAUCUGAUCUGAUUGCAUUCUCUGACAUCUUCGUCGUCAACGAACACUAUGGUUGUAACGGUCUGUCAACAUCGGCCAAAUGUGUGAACGAAGGAUUCCCUCACCCUCGAGACUGUUCCACAUGUAUUUGUCCGAGCGGUUACGGUGGCUCUUUGUGUGAUCAAAGGGUAAGAGCGACCAAUGCUAUUGAAAACAAAGUCGACACUGAAAAUGAAUUUGUUUCAAUUCAGGCUCCCGAAGGGAAGAAAAUAGAGGUAGAAGUCGUUUCAAUUUCUCGUGGUUACGAUAAACCUGGAUGUCCAAAAGGAGGUGUCGAGAUCAAAGCUCAAAAAGAUCAGAAAAUGACUGGUUACCGGUGA